AUGUCCGACGAGAGAGCUCGCAGUGCAGAUAGAGACCGAGACCUUCAAGUUCAACAAGCAGUUGGGCAUGCGAAGUGUGACGCUGGCUGGUGGCCUCAGCAAACUGGAGCAGUUCAAGGAGGUGAAAAGAGGAGCCGAGAUUGCGAUUUGCAACCCCGGGCGUUUGAUCGACGUGGUGAAGAUGAAAGGCUGCAACUUGCAGCGCUGUACAUACAUCGUUUUAGAUGA